CCAGCAGAGCGGCAGAGGAGAGGGUGAGAAGAGAGACAUGUUAUCAUGAAUGGUAGCAUGGCGACAUGAUCCCUGCCUCCAGACCUACCUCCUUCUCCACUUUAAUUUCUCCCCACCAAGCUCGCAAAGUGGACAGGGCUAGCAAUCACACCCUGUCACUUUUAGUUAAUGGACUCUCUCUCUCUUUCUCUCUGUAAAUUUGCCAACUCCCUAUGUUUCUACUGCUAAAUAAUUCUUCUACCUCACGCCUAUAUGCCUUUCUCUCUCCCUACGCGUCAUGUCUACUUAUAGAGAACCGCUCUGUUACAUGCUAAUAUGAGUGCCCACUCCGCCCUCCUUCCUCUCUUUUACCACUCGGAUUCAAUGCUUGAAUAAUAAUUGAAGGCGUGUCAGAGAUUAUUGAAUGGGGGUGAGAGGGGAGGAGAGCUCGAGCCCCAGAUUAGUUCAUCUGUCAUGGGGUCACUGGUCUCGCUCAUAAACCUUGCACUGUCUCAGUCUCUCUCGCCCCUGCAGCUCUGCCAUCUCGCCAAGUGGAGAUUGUUAUUACUUAUUAGCUAGCUGGAUCUGACAAUUGUGCGCAGUGCUGGUUUUUUAUUAUUUAGAUUUGAUCUCUUGAUGUUCAUGGCAGUGGAUUCUUGAUUGGUGUUUGGCUUUGGCUUCUUUUUGUUUCGAAAAAUAUACUCUCGAGGAGGCAGCUUCCGAUGGAGUGGAGCUCCAAGAUGCCGGCUUGGGACCUCGCCGAUCUGGAGCAGAGCGCGGAGCUCAACGUGGGCUCUUUAGUGGGCCCGAGCUUCGUUCUCGGGAGUCAGAGUAGUGGGCUCAUGGAUUGCUCCGUCGAUCUGAAACUGGGUGGGUUGGGUGACUUCAGGGAGCCGGAGAGUUGGAGCACCCGACCGCCAGCGGCGGUAACGGCGGUUCCAUCUAGGAGAGCCCGGGCGUGCGGCAAUGGCGGCCUCGGCGCCUCUUGCUUGGUCGACGGUUGCAAAUCCGACCUGAGUAACUCCCGGGAGUAUCAUCGACGGCACAAGGUGUGCGAAGUCCAUUCCAAGACUCCGGUCGUGAUGGUGGGCGGACAGGAGCAGCGCUUCUGCCAACAGUGCAGCAGGUUUCACCAACUGGUGGAGUUCGAUGAGGUUAAACGGAGCUGUCGAAAACGACUGGAUGGGCACAAUCGACGGCGAAGGAAGCCUCAACCAGAAUCCAUCAAUCCUGCUGGCGGCGCGUUCCCAAAUAACCACGGAAGCAGGUUCUUAAUGUAUCCCUAUCUGACUUCAACUCCAACACAAGGCCACAGUUGGUCCGGGGUCAUCCAACCUGAAGACACACCACGAGGAACAAAAUUGCCCCUGCAAAGCACCACCAGAAACAUAAAGCAGUUUCCUUUUCUGCAAAACGAUAGUACUUCUCCCUUCGGCAGGGCACAGACCACGUUGCAACCCUUUCUCGAGACAGGCUCCUCGGCAAAAGGCGGCGGCAGCAGCAGUAAUAGAAUUCUCGCUGAGGGAUCGCCGGCGCAAGUGUACAAUUCCGAUUGUGCUCUCUCUCUUCUGUCAUCAACUCAGGAUGUGAGCGUCGGCGUGGGCCAAGUGCUGCCUGCCCGUGGGUUUCCUAUUCACCAGUCUUUGGUUGCGGGCCUUCCCUUCUCCAAUGCUGCUCGAGCUUCAAGCUUUGUUUCAGCAGCGACAGGGUUUUCUUGUCCUGGGGUUGAGGAUGAGCAAGUAGGCAAUGUGUUUGUCUGUGAGGCUGGGGUAGGGCUUCACUGUCAGGGUGCGUUGAAUGUGAUGGGAGGAGAGCCAUCAGAUGUGGCUUCACGCGCUCUUCCCUUUUCCUGGCAGUGAAAUUAGUAUAAUCCCAGUUCUAAUACAGUUUGAUCGCCUUUCCAGCUCAUCUAUCGCUCUUGUCGAGUUUUGAUCGAUUGCAACCUAUUUUCCUUCUUGUUGUAGAGCCUCUGCGACAUUGCUUGUAUGAAUAUGACCUUAGUAAAUGAUCUGAAUUACAUAUCUA